GGCUCAAAUAGCAGGCUCAGCGCGGAACUUUUGAACGUUUUGAAGAAGUUUCCCGCGUUCUUCGGAGACACAAAUUUUCUUCUGAAAAGAAUAAUCGUUUAACCAACAGGGAUGAAACUAGACAGAUUACUCGGCUGAUGCUUAUCCGUCGUAUUAUAAGCCAAAUUUUUAAAGAAAGUUUAGAAAUACAAGGCUUAUCGAAGUGUGAAAAUGGCGGUCAACGCUGGCCCUCCACUGGUUUCUCGCCCAAAUAGUAAUGACUACUUCGAUCUAGACGAUGUUCUCGCGACUCAAGAACGCAUUCCUUGUAAGCUAGAAGUACAGAUCUACAAUCUUGGAUUUCUGGAUCCCAGUUCAGAGGGAGACCACCUCCAUUCAGGCAGCAAGUUGGAACUACCUUUGUGGCUCGCCAGAGAGCUGUGUUCUCGACGAAGGAAAAUUGUAUCUGUCGAGAUCCCCAAAGGUUAUAAAGAAAGCUACAGGGAAAUUCUCAAAGCGGACGCUAAUGUUGUUGAUUUACAUAGACUUGGGCCGUAUUUCUAUGAGAUCGGUACAAAGUUGAUGCACUUUGAAUAUGACGAAAAUCCACAGAUUGUCAAAGCCAUACAAGAAACAUUUAUCAAAAGAUUCCGAAAAAUCAUGGACUCGUCACAAAACGCUCCCAAUGAAGACUCAACGUCCUUGACAAGCAAGUUGGACCACCUUGAACGGCAACUCUUUGAAAAAGGCAAGAAAGGUAUCAAGGAAUUUCUGCAAUGGGAGGCGGGGCAGAUGUCAAAACUUACCACAUCAGACACUGUAAUAAAUCACAGAAAAAGAAAACGUUCUGCUUUGGACUAGACUAUAGUUUGCUCUUAACUAGGUAACAAUAAUCUCUGCACUAGGUAAUGGUCUGCUCUGGACUAGGUCCUGUCAGACUAUUAGCCACAUAAUUGAGUUUUCCACAAUAAAACAACAUUUAUUACCUCCUAGCAGGGAAAUGGUUUUAUGAAAUAACAACAUUGCCUGCACUGACUUGCCAUACAGAACAUGUAACCUGGAAAAUGCUUGAAAUUGGGGCUCUCUUUUUACACCAACUUAAUGUGCAUAAUGAUAAGUAUUUGACUUUGGGAUUCUUUUUUUUUUUGUAAAAAAACAUUAAUGCAUUAAUUCACAAUAUAGACUAGGUUUUUCUUCCCCCAAAAUAACUGUGUGCUAGGAUCUCGAGGGCACAAGCCACUGUGGCUAAUUUUAGGUGAAAGAUCGUGAUUUUAAAUAAAAGAGUAUAGAAAACAGGAAUUCGCCACUGUGGCGAACGUAAUUAGCAAUAGAAUUCACCACAUGGGGAAGGAAUUGGCAUUUUGCGAAGUGGCAAACGUUAGCGCGCACAAGCAUAGAACCAAAAGUGAUUAUAUUCGAAACUCAGGCAGCAUCUAAAAAUAAAUACCUAACACAAUUA